CCUCCUUCCAUCUAGCCCAUCCCCUAGCACGCGCCACCUCCACGAAUCCAAUCAUAAGGCAGGGAAUGCCCCCCCCCCUCGUCGCUCCCAAACCGCCAUCCAUCCUCGUACAGCACCAUACAGCAACACAACGCGCGUGUCAACUCCGGUCCCAGAUUGCAGUGUGCAAUCAACGCUGUACAUUGGAGCUCUCCGCUGCGGUAGCCUGGAUGAACUGACACCUGCAGUGUGGACCUGUGGGCAUAUCAUUGCCAGGAGGUACGAUUCAAGCUCUCUGAAAGAAAGCAAGAAAAGAGAAGGGGAAAGAAGAAAAGAGGGACUGACUGCAGCUGUAGGAGUUGGAACUUUUCACAAAACUCAUCUUCCUCCAUACUCACUCCUCUCUGCUCUCCAACAUCUUUGCAGCUUCACCAGGAUGAAGCUGAAGGAGGACCUGAACCCAAUGCUGCUGCUCCUCUUCCACCUCAUGGUAUGGAUCUACACCAUCAUCACCUUCAUGCCCUCUUACAUCCUCAGCUGGGUCUCCAGACCAGACGUGGGCUGCUGCGGCUCUGAGGAGGAGCGAGCCAAGAAGAUGAAGGCCCACUCGGUGCUGGGAUGUCCCGAAGGACCCUACCGAGCUAUAAGCGCCACUAAGAGGUUGGCGACAUCACUGCACCCCGGACUGGACACCUUGGAUAAGAUGUUUGCGGACGCAGCCAUGAGGUUCCCACACCGAUACUGUCUCGGAACGAGGGAGGUGAUCAGUGAGGAGGACGAGCAACAGAGCAAUGGAAAGGUGUUCAAGAAGGUAGUCCUGGGGGAGUACUGCUGGCUCUCCUAUGCGGAAAUCUUCACAGCAGCGUCCCAACUGGGUAGCGGUUUGGCAACACUGGGUCAGCAGCCAAAAAACAACGUUGCUAUCUUCUGUGAGACACGGCAAGAGUGGAUCAUUGCUGCAGAGGCAUGCUUCAUGUACAACUUCCCAUUGGUCACCCUUUACUCCACGCUGGGAGGUCCAGCCAUUGCUCAUGGGCUGAAUGAGACUCAGGUCACCCUUGUCAUCACCAGCAGAGAACUCCUGGAGACCAGACUCAAAGCUAUUCUAAUUGAAGUUCCGAGACUGCAGCAUAUCAUUGUAGUGGAUAACACACCAACCUCGUGGCCCGGCUACCCACGUGGCAUUAGUGUCCACAACAUGGCUGCUGUUCAGAAGCUGGGAGCCAGGCCUGAGAAUGCCGCACGUGAGCGCAAGCCGCCGCUGCCUUUAGACAUUGCAGUCAUCAUGUACACCAGUGGAUCCACAGGCAUACCAAAGGGCGUCAUGAUCUCCCAUAGCAACAUCAUCGCUUGCAUCACAGGCAUGGCUGAGCGGAUACCAAACCUGUGUGAGGAGGACACCUACAUUGGCUACCUGCCUCUCGCCCAUGUACUGGAGCUCAGUGCCGAGCUCGUAUGUUUUUCUCAUGGCUGUAGGAUCGGUUAUUCCUCACCUCAGACUCUAGCUGACCAGUCAACCAAGAUCAAGAAAGGAAGCAAGGGGGACGCCAGCGCCCUGCAGCCCACUCUGAUGGCAGCUGUCCCAGAGAUCAUGGAUCGUAUCUAUAAGAACGUGAUGACAAAGGUGGAGGACAUGAAUUUUGUCCAGAGAACACUCUUCAUUCUGGCAUACAACUACAAACUGGAGCAGCUUGCCAAAGGAUAUAGCACACCUCUAUGUGACAAGCUGGUCUUCAGGAAAGUUCGUGCUCUGCUGGGAGGUCGAACGCGGUUGUUGUUAUCAGGUGGAGCGCCGCUUUCCGCCACCACACAACGCUUCAUGAAUGUGUGUUUAUGCUGCCCCGUGGGUCAGGGAUAUGGCCUGACGGAGACCUGCGGAGCUGGAACCAUUAGCGAGAUGUGGGAUUACAGCACUGGGAGAGUGGGAGGGCCGCUGGUUUGCUGUGAAAUCAAGCUCAAAGACUGGGUGGAGGGUGGUUAUCGCAGAACUGACAAGCCACAUCCAAGAGGAGAGAUUCUGAUUGGUGGACCCAACGUAACCAUGGGAUACUACAAGAACGAGGCAAAAAACCAAGAUUUCUUUGUAGAUGAGAACGGCCAGCGGUGGUUCUGUACAGGAGACAUUGGAGAGUUUCAAAAAGAUGGGUGCCUCAAGAUAAUUGAUCGUAAGAAAGACUUGGUGAAGCUGCAGGCCGGAGAGUACGUCUCCCUGGGAAAGGUGGAGGCCAUGUUGAAGAACUGCCCUCUGGUCGAGAACAUCUGUGCCUAUGCCAACAGUGACGAGACAUACGUGAUUUGCUUUGUGGUGCCCAAUCAGAAGCAGUUGCAGGCUCUGGCUGACCAGUACGGUAUUCAAGGCGCACGGGAGGAGCUGUGCAAAAGUAAGGCCAUGGAGGAGCUGGUCCUCAAGAUCAUCACUGAGGCUGCUCUAGCAGCCCAGCUAGAGCGCUUUGAGACCCCUCGCAAGAUCUGUCUGAGCCCAGACCCAUGGACUCCUGAGACAGGAUUAGUAACUGACGCAUUCAAGCUCAAACGCAAGGCGCUGAAAACGCAUUACCAGGACGACAUUGAGAGAAUGUACGGUGGGAAAUAACAAAGGACCAAAACAAUAUUGGUCACUCUCAAAGCACCGACCAACACUUGACUCUGGACACUCCUAGAAUCCUUUCACUGCCCCUCUACAGUAUAUAUCCCCUUUCCACGAGCAUUAGAGCCACCCUGACCUGAAUUUGUGAUACAUAUUAACAGAAAAAAGCUUAAGGGUACGGUGUUACCAAUUCCAGCUUUGACUUGAAUUUGUAACUAAUGACAGGCUGA